UCUUCUUCCAAUUACAGAUUCGACACGAAGAAGACAAGCCAAAUAGUGUACACAUACAUAUAGUUUUACAAUGUCAGGCUACGAAGCAGUUACCAUUUCUGAUCCAUCGCUUGAGAGCCAAUUUGCUCAAGUCGAGCUUCGCAGACUCAAAUCCAAAUUUCUUGCAGCAAGAAAAGAAUCAGGGCAAGUCAGGUUAGGGGAUCUACCACCGGUAAUGUUGCAGUUGAAGAAUUUCAGUGAGAUUUUUAGAGAAAGGGACAUCAAAGCUAUCUUGAGUGAGUCAAACUCAGACAUGGAUCAGGAAGUUGAUUUUGAAUCCUUCCUGCGGAUGUAUCUCACUGUAAGUGCUCGAGCUCGAACAAAGGCAGGUGCUUCAAGAUAUAAAACUGCAACUUCAUUCCUCAAGGCACCCACAACCACUAAUCGGCACACCAUUAGCCAAACAGAGAAGGCAUCUUAUGUCGACCACAUUAAUAGACAUCUUGGAGAAGAUCCAUUUCUAAAGAAGCAUUUUCCUAUAGAUCCAAACACCGAUGCGUUGUUUGAUCUUGUUAAGGAUGGUGUUCUCCUCUGUAAGCUUAUCAAUGUGGCUGUCCCUGGUACAAUAGACGAGCGGGCAAUAAAUAAAAAGAAUAAGCUUAAUCCGUGGGAGAGAACUGAGAAUCAUACAUUGUGCCUCAACUCUGCACAGGCCAUCGGCUGCACUGUAGUGAACAUUGGCACACAGGAUCUGGAUGAAGCUAGACCCCAUCUGCUACUUGGUUUAAUUUCCCAGAUAAUUAAGGUUCAACUUUUGGCUAAUUGCAAUAUCAAAAACACUCCCGAGCUACUGGAACUGGUGGAAGAAGAGAAGGAUGUGGAGGAGCUCAAGAGUAUGGCUCCUGAAAAGGUUCUCUUAAAAUGGAUGAACUAUCACCUAAAGAAAUCAGGAUAUAAAAAGGAGGUCACCAAUUUUUCCAGCGAUUUAAAGGAUGGAAUGGCUUAUGCUCAUUUGCUCCAUGCUCUUGCUCCCGAACUUGAUACUGGUAACACACUGGAGACUGAGGAUCCAGAAGAAAGAGCAAAUCUGAUACUUCAGCAAGCAGAUAAAAUGGAGUGCAAUAGAUACGCCACUCCAACAGAUAUUGUUGAGGGCUCAACAAAUUUAAAUAUUGCAUUCGUUGCAGAAAUAUUUCAGCACAGGAAUGGUCUGCAUGAAGUGACAGAGAACACCCAAAAUUCCUUUGCAGAAAUGAUGACAGAUGAUGAGGAGACUUCUAAAGAAGAGAGAUGCUUCCGCUUGUGGAUCAACAGUCUUGGAACUGAAACAUAUGUCAAUAAUUUAUUUGAAGAUAUGAGACCCGGAUGGGUCAUGUUGGAAGUUCUUGACAAAAUAUUCCCUGGAUCAGUCAACUGGAAGAAAGCAACAAAACCUCCCAUAAAAAUGCCUUUCAGAAAGGUUGAGAACUGCAACCAAGCCAUUGAGAUUGGAAGAGAAUUAAACUUUUCGCUAGUAAAUGUAGCCGGCAAUGAUUUUGUACAAGGAAACAAAAAACUCAUAAUAGCUUUUCUGUGGCAACUGAUGAGGUUUAGCAUGCUCCAACUGCUUAAAAACUUGAGAUCUUCUUCCCAAGGAAAGGAAAUAACAGAUGCCGAUAUUUUAAAUUGGGCAAAUGAAACAGUAAAAAAGUCAGGGAAGCAAACUCAGAUGGAUAGCUUUAAGGAUAAAAGUCUUUCAAGCGGGGUUUUCUUCCUUGAACUUCUUAGUGCUGUGGAGCCGCGAGUUGUCAACUGGAGUCUUGUUACUAAUGGCGAAAAUGAUGAGAAUAAGAAAUCAAACGCAACAUAUAUAAUUAGUGUUGCACGGAAGCUAGGCUGCUCAAUCUUCUUAUUGCCUGAGGAUAUUAUGGAGGUGAACCCGAAGAUGACUCUUAUUCUAACAGCAAGCAUAAUGCAUUGGAGUCUAAACCAAAAGGGUGGACAAAGAUUGCCUCCUGUUCCUACAAGUGAAACUCCUGAGGAUUCCCCAACAGCAGGUGCAGACGGUGAUAUGGAACACGAAAAUGAACCAGCUGACGCUGAAUCCAGUGAGCCGCCUGCUGAUGCUGAAGAACCAACUGACGCUUAAGCCAGUGAGCUGCCUGCUGAUGCUGAAGAACCCUUGUGAGAUAUUGAACGAUACAGGACUUAAGAGAAUGAAGUAUAUAGAACUGCAAUUAUAAUUUUUGGCGAGUCUUAACUAUAUAUACAGACAGGGUAGAAAUGCAAUAUGAACAACAGUAAUCUAAUGUAUCAUUUGUUAAUCACAAAAUGUAUGAAAUUGUGUAAUUAGAGUGUGUUAGUUCAUGUGAUUAAAAAUGUAAAGUUACCACCUUUCCUGUAUCUGUCCAUCUGAUGAAUAAUGCUGCUAAAUUUAA